UGCCUGUCAAUUGUUGCUGAUUGCAAAGAGCACAGCCCACUGAUGUUUUGUUACAAUCGUGCAAACAAAACAACUUGCCCAAACAACUCGCUCUCUUGUUUCGCCACCUCUCCGUCUGCUCACUGUCUUUCUAUUUCCUCUUUUCAUUCCAACAAAUCCUAGCCCUAUUACAUGCAAACAAUGAUGUCAUCCCGUCGAAGACGACAGAGACUUAUCACUUCCACGACUUCAUUCUCCACUCAAAGAGCACUUUACAUUGUCGAAAUUCUUGAACACAUUCUCUCAUUUGUCAGUCAACAUGUUCUCCGUAAUAUCACAUGCCUUGUCUGCCGCCAAUGGAACGCUUUAUCUCAGCGCUUUAUGCUUUAUGAAACUCUUUGGGCCUCCAACUUCCAGCCAGAGAGACGCCUUGAUGUCAUGACCAAAUUUUCACACUGUCAAAUCCUCACCUUGACCCCUGAUGCUCCCGAGCGACGUUCACUCCCUUAUACUUGGCCUAACGCCAGCCAUGGUCAACGACAGAUUGCCUGGCGCGAGGUCCUUAGCCAUCUUCAGAAUGCUUCUAAGGAGCAGCAACUAGGCAUGAUCAGGGUUCUAAAUUUAAGGGGAUACUUAGACGUCCGAGUCUUCCAUAGAAUUGUUGAACAGUGUCUAGCCUCGCAACUUGUGGUUUUGCAAUUCGAAGCUUUCAAACCUGGUGAUUACUUUUACCUGGAGAAAAUACUGAAAAAUUGUCCUAGACUUGAAGUAUUGAAGGUAGAACCACAAUCUGACAAUGUGCACGAGCAAGCUAUUCCAGGCGCAAGCCGUGAGGAUCCAGCUUGUGUUCGAGAAGCAGUCACUGCCUUACGCGAACGACAGGUGAUUGAACCAUUGGAAUGGACAAAUAAAUUGCGUCUCAAAACCCUGGUCUUGUGUAGACCCAUGGUAUCUCAACGUGUACUUCAGGCGAUAUUAGGAGCAUGUCCAGAUAUCAAGGUACUCAAGUUGAUUUCCGUGAUCGAGCGUGCCUCCAAUCCGUUAGGCAUUAGUCCUUUCGUCGCCGGAGGUUAUGACGCACAUACAGCUUACCAGCUAUUGCAUGGUACCUCGCCAUUUGAUCUUGAAAUCCUCAUCGCGCAUAUUGCUCGAUCUUGUCCAGCGCUACACACAUUUCAUUUCUCACUCGAUUCACGGAAAAUCUGUCCUGAGACCCUGAGACUUAUCCUGAGUCGUCUUCCUAUGGUCCGACACUGGAGUUUUGCUACGCGUGAUCUUUUUGAUCCUAUUAUGCUUCCCUUGGUUCACAGCAAGGCUGUUAUCUUGAAUCGGCUGACGACACUGGAGCUCAAAGGCACAGGGCUCUCGGACCCUGAUAGAUCAACCAGUGUUCUGAGUAAAACCCUGCAUGAGUUCUUAUGUACCGCUCCUACACUUGUGCAUCUUAUUGCACCAACUGUCACUUAUUAUACUGAAUAUCUUGAUCUCAAGAAAGCACUUGUUGGAUCCAAAGAUACCCAUCCAAACACGCCUCGAGCAGACGGUCGUUUUUGGGCAUGCCGAUCCCUUAGGACUUUACACCUUGAGGUCCGUGCUCGGUUUGAGUCUGAUACACUACAUCAUUCACGCGUUAUCUUUGGAUACCUCACUCGGGUGACACCUUGCCUUGAGGACAUACAGCUUCGUCGACCAUAUCUCUCUUUUUGGCUUGCAGGUGGCCUAUGUCUACUGUCCAGACUCCAUAAUUUAGAAAAGCUCAAACUCUGCUGCAGAUCCUACACAGGGUUUCAUGAAUCAGAUGUGCUGGAAUGGAUCAGACGAGAAGGCCAUCCUUGGGGUCGAGUCAGUACAAGUAAGAUUGCGGUGUCAUCUAGUGUAGCAGAUACAGCGCGCUUAAGUUGCAGGAUGGCGAUGAUUAGAGCAGGGCUGAUAUCUGCACCAAUUAGCUAUCAUUUGCCUGCAAGCUCAUCGUCGUUGUCGAUAUCAACUCUCACAUCUUCGAUGAUGGUGGCAUCAGAACUCCAGAUGAAGGACUUUGCGAAUCUGGGGGAUAUGAGGGAUAUUGACGAGCUACAAAUAGAGCGAAUGCUGCAAUACCAGCGUGGGCAACCGUGCUGGCCUAAACUUGAGAGUUUCACGGUCGUGCACGAUGGUUGGACUAACACAGAUGUGACAACGGGUAUCAAGAAGCUACGUCCUGAUAUCCAAUUCCGGAUUGAGACCCAAACUUACCAUCCGAACGAAUACAGCUAAAGAAUGAAAAAAAAAAAAAAAGUGCAUGAAAAAAGAUU